UAUUUACACAAGUGACUACGAUAAUAAUACGUCGACAAUCGUAACGUACAUAUCUAGGCGUCACGACGUUACCACUGGCAUUGCACGAACAGACGUCGCGCGAAUAACAACUUAAGUAGUGAUAUACGAGUGUUGGUUGUUUUGACAAAUAGAAAGAAGCGCGAGUGAAUUUUUUAAAUAUCCAAAAUGGUUUACGAAUCCGAUUUCUAUACGAUCCGCCGGCCAUACAGUACCCGUGUGACCCCAUCUGUUUCUUCAUAUUCUGUAUCUACCGUUCCAACACAAAUUACGAAAUAUUUGUCUGGAGCUGGAAAGGUCUACGUUGUGAACACAUCCCCAAGAAACUUAAUACCAUAUGUUGGUCAUAAACGUCUUACAUAUUAUACACCAACUCAAAUAAUACGUGUCAGACCAUCCAUAUACUAUAAAGAACUCGAUCGUAUUGAACAUAAGUAUCGUCCAUCAUCCACAUAUAGCUACUUAAACGACUAUUUGAGCUCAUCGUCCGCUACGGUACGAGUCAUAAAUACUUAUCCAAGAUAUUACUUACCAUAUGGGGGUCAUAGAUUAUAUACUUAUUAUACACCUUCCGAAAUAUAUCGACUUAGACCCACUCCUUAUCUUAGAGAAUUAGAACGUCUUGAAACCGUUCAAUAUAGAUAUUAUUGGCCAGCUUAUGAUUACCUUGGGGCCUAUGUAGAUUCAUUGAUUACGAAACAUUUAACGCAGACGUUUGAUGAUGAAAAACGUGCAAUCAGAGCCCAAUCUAAUGCAAUUCUUCAACGAAUUCAUUCACCUGUACCAAAAGUUACUGUACGUGUUCUUCCAUAUUCUUCUAGAUAUACAUCACCUAUUAGAAUUUCACCUGAAUCAUACAUUCAAAGUUUAGUUACACCAGUCAGGAGAGUCGCUGACAAUAUUUUAAAUAUUUCCUACUACAGUGAACCUGCCAAAAGAUUUUUAGGACCUGGCCACUUAGCCUGCAUUCGUUUCGCAGGUGAUAAGGCGUACUCAAAACGUUCACACAUGAGCGACUUAACUGACCACGUAAUUCGUAACGAUAUUAAUUUAUUGAGUUACUAUUUAAAAAAUAGACAAGCUGCCAAUGUUGGUGGAAUUGAAAAACCAAUCAAAGUUAUUGGUCUUUCAUCUGUGCGGCCAUCUAGAGUUUUCUCUGCAGUCAAACCAUUACCUGACCCAGCAGAUGAAAAACGUGAAGUGGAAGAAUUAAAAGCUGCACAAAAGGCAGCAACAUUGGAAGGUGAUGAUUCUGCUGCUAAAUUACGAGAGAAAAGAAGAGCUCAAGAAGCUGAAAAAGCAGCUGAAGAACGUGCAUUAGCCGAGGAACGCGCUCGUCAGAAGGAGCAAGCAAAGAAAGAAGAGGAAGCCCGCCGAGCUGAAUUACAACGGCAAGCUGAGUUAGAGAAGCAACGACUUCUUGAAGAAGAGGCUGAAAGAGAGGCUCAACGUAUUGAGAAAGCUCGAAAAGAAGCCGAAGAAAAAUUAGCUGCCGAGCAAGCUGAAGCCGAACGUUUAGCUGAAGAAGAACGCUUAGAGGCAGAACGUAAAGCAGAAGAAGAACGAUUAGAAGCAGAACGUAAAGCCGAAGAAGAACGUCAAGAAGCCGAGCGUAAAGCUGAAGAAGAACGAUUAGAAGCUGAACGUAAAGCAGAAGAAGAACGAUUAGAAGCUGAACGUAAGGCUGAAGAAGCUAAAUUAGAAGAAGAAAGGCGGCAAGCUGAAUUACAACGUUUAGAUGAAAUUGCCCAACAAGCUGAAGAAGCAUCCUUACAAAGACAAGCAGAAGAAUUAGCUGAACUUGCCAGACAAGAAGCAGAAUUAGCUAAAAAAGAACAAGAAGAAGCGGAAGCAGAUCAAGCUGAAGCUGAGGAUAAUAUUGGUGCCGGUGCUGAAUCUGCAGAUGAACAAGCAGACAUUCCUAAUGAAGAAUCAGCUCCAGCUGAUGAACCUGAACCAGUUGUAGAAGAACCAGAAACACCUGAAGCCACACAACCUGACGAAGAACCUGCAGCACCAACUGCUGAAGAAGUUGUCGAGGAUGAAGCAGAGGAAGAGGAAGAAGAGGAAGAAUAAAAAUUUACUAUCGAACUUUUAACAGUUGGCUCACAACUUAAUGUCUAUCUAAAACAUAAGUUUAUCAAAUUUUAUUUUGAACAGUAUUAAUAACCCAAUGUCACCCCUAAUGUCACUAAUUAUUAACUCGAUGAGAACACACAAAAGCUCGGGCUAACCUUUUCUAUCAUUUAUUGUGACCAACUUAUAAAUUCUUCCUUAUAAUAAACCUAAAUGUGUUACCUAUUGGCAAUUAAAUAAAUUAAUGAAAUUCGAGUGCCUAAACUAUAGUUGAAUUGAAGGAGAUCGACAGGUUACUCAAUGUAAGAUAUAUUUAAUUUCUUUAGACUUCAUUUACUUAAUUAUUUGAAUCCCAAAUGUCAACCAUCUUAUUAUUAAUUGCCAAUAUCUUAAUAAAUUGAAAGACGCUCAAUAUACCUAUCUAUAAUACCUUUAUAAAUAUUUUAAUUAUUAAUUUUUUUG